UGGAUGAUAAACUUGUGAAGUUUUCCCACGACGACGGAGACAUUUGCCUGCUAAAGUGCUGGUGAGGUGUGAGCGUACGGCACUCCGCAGUAUACCGCGGGUUGUUGUUUAUUUCGCGAAUAAACAUUAGGUCGCGCCGAUGCGCAUCAUUUACAGGCCGGUGCUCGUAGUGUUGACUUGUAUCAGAGUGUGCGUUGGAGGCGCUUGCCCAGCGUUUAUCAGUGCAUGAUACGCGCGGCUCGCGAUCGUGCUAGAUUGGCCCUGCGAGACAUUCCAUAAAUGUCCCACGACGCGAACGAAGCGCCCAGUGAAGCUACACCUUUGCAGCGAGAAACCCAACAGUACCAGACAGUCCUACACGGGGUUAGCUCGCACAACAACGCGAUUCCUCCGUCGUCAUCGGUGACGGUGAACGAAAUAGGCAUCAGCAGUAGCAACAGCAGCAGCAACACUAGUGCUAGCAGUGUUUUACCUUCAGGGGCGGCCUCAAGUGAACGUGAACCGAUAGUAUCCCCCGCGAACGGACGCAAGACCGGCCGAACAAACGGCAAGAUGGAUGACACCAAAAAGGUGCUGCUCAAAGUUGGCUUCGACUUUCUUAUCCUGUGCUGCGUUGGAUUCCCGAUUUUAAUAUUCUUCGUCGCCGGCGACCCAUUUAAGCGAGGAUUCUUCUGCGACGAUGAAUCACUCAUGCACCCGUUCCAUGACUCAACGGUUACGAAUUGGAUGCUGUACAUCAUUGGACUGGCGUUGCCGAUAAUUGUGAUUCUCCUCACGGAAGUGAUUCGAGGACGGAGAAAAACCUCCGAAGCGCACCCACUAAAGGUGUGGAACUACAACAUUCCCUUCUGGGUCGUGCAGGCCUACAAAUCGAUCGGCAUGUUUGGCUUCGGUGCCGCCGUCAGCCAGCUGCUGACGGACGUCGGCAAAUACACCAUCGGACGGCUGCGGCCGCACUUCUUCGACGUCUGCCAGCCCCAGAUGAGAGAUGGUACCUUCUGCAACGCCACUAUCAAUCAAGGCAAAUAUAUAACGGACUUUGAAUGCACCAGCAUGAAAUCUUCCACCCGUAUGCUGAAGGAGAUGCGUCUGUCGUUCCCGAGUGGACAUUCCAGUUUCUCGAUGUACACGCUCGUUUUCUGCGCCAUUUUCCUGCAAGCCCGCAUGAACUGGCGUGGAUCGAAGCUGCUGAAGCAUUUCCUCCAGUUUCUGUUGAUUCUCCUCGCCUGGUACACCUGCCUGAGCCGCAUUUCCGACUACAAGCACCAUUGGUCGGACGUACUGUCCGGGGCCGUACUGGGCGCAACGGUGGCAAUCGUGGUAUCGAACUUCUGCACCGACCUGUUUAGUAUGGCGCGCAAACGUGCACAAGGCCCAAUGUCAUCCUCUCUGCCGCAGACACGCUACGAGCUUAGCGCCAACCAUGCCAAUGGAAACUAAAAUGAAAGAAAGAAUACAGUGAAUGCAAUUUUAAACAAACGUUAAAACGAUGCAGGAGGUGGAGGUAGUCUGUCGAAGUCGGCCCGGGUGGAACACGCCGCUACGUCCUGCCCGGGGAAGAAGUUGAACGUCAAAGUUCCUUGCCAAAAUGUGGGGGAAAGCGCGCAUCCAAUGCAAACCUGUGCAAACCUUUGGGAAGAAAGGGAAAACUAGAAACAGAUGCCAAGCGUGUGAGUGUGUGCCGCAAAACUUAAUACGACCAACGUAGCGUACUAAGUAGAGGGUAGCAGCGGCCCUACGUUAGUGAGACGUUAUUUAUUAUGUUUAUUCCAUAAGUAGUCCGGUAGAAGAGUAUAGUGUAGGGUAUAGGAUUUUCUAUUUGUUUAAUUUACGGCCUAGCCUAGUAGAGAAUUGCCCAGUUCAGUGCCGUGUGACUGAAAAGACUAAAACAACCUACCGUACGCUCUAGACAUUGGUAUGAUCAGCGUUGGAAAGACACACCACUACUACUUCAAGGCCAAAUUAAUCAGUUGAAAAACCGCGCCGUCGACUUUUCAAAAUUAAGGCUGCUCUCAGUAAGAUACGAUUCCGUAGUGCUACUUUUAGAGCCACAAUGUUAGUUGUUUAUUUAUAGCAAGACGUAAAAACUUACCUGUAACCAUCACGAAUAGGAUAUAAUAAAAAGGCUAGACAUUCAUCAUUACAUAGAAAAUCGUUACACAACUCAAUAUGGUUUCAAACCGAUUAGAAAGAAGGGAAUGUUUUACCGAAUAUACAAUUUAUGUCGUAUAAUUUUACACGGUGGCAAAAAAUAAUUUAAAAUCCGAUUUCAAACCAAAAUCAUCGGUAAUGAAUGAGUAAUGGUAAUGAAAUAAUAUCAAAUGAAUUACGAAAUCAAAUGAAAUUAAGCUGGAAUCACAUGGUAUAACAUUAGCAAAAUCACGAAUUUGAAACGUUUGAAAAGCAUGUUUGAAACGUAAAUUUGAAAUGAGCAGCAUACCAUUCCCAAUAAAUUAACAAACCUAAAGAAAUGGAGUUAAAACCCUCAGUGUACUGUUCGUCAAGUAUCGUAAAUAUUGAAAGCUACUUCUCACACAAGUAAGUUUGCUUAUUUAGAAAAUUCAGUAGGUUAUAUCACGGAUUUCGCACCACGCAAGUUUUCAUUUGUAUUUCGCGUUCUCGGUUCAAUUCAUAGGAGGAUACACGGAUAAAAAGUGAAUAAGUUGAAAUGAAUCAUUAUCCUAAAAUAAAAAUUCUCUGACUAUGCAAAUAAAUGACUGAACACGUCAAAAUUUAAACACUGUCGAAUAUCGUACGACCAAAAAUAAGGAUGAAGCAAGACUUCAUGUUUCUAAUCGUCAUUCUGGAUUUUCCUACUGAACAAUAGCUUUCACUUUUAUGAAUGCUAAAAUUUUUUGUUAAUAGUUUUUUUAACCUACUGUUAAAAUUAAUCAUUCCAGUUGAAGUGGAAAUAAAAUGCUGGUAAAGAUAAUUUUUAGAACACUUACGCGGUCAUUCAUAACCGUUAUACUAAUGAAGGAAAAUGCUCGAAAUCUCACUCCUCACUUUUUCUCACUUACGAAUGCAACGUGAGAUAGCAAAGGCUCCUGAUGAAAUGUCUCAACUCGUAAUUGAACUACGUAAACUAUUAUAUGUAACUAAAAUAAUCGUUAAUGAUCAAUUCGAUAUAUGCAUCGCAUUUAAGUCAAUUAUUUCAGUCAAUUCAUCAUCAGUAUUGAAACGAAAAUUAAAGGUAGGCGGUUUGAAACCGAGCGAGAGAGACAAAUUAGCGUGGAGAAACUAAAUUUGUAGCAAUGUGUUUGAAUUCGCUUAC